CCGUGGCCGAAGCAGAAGUGGGAGCGCAGCGGCGGCGGGUGCGCCGCAGGGAGUGCCGGAGCCGCAGGGGCGGCGCGCGGGACCCCGGAGCCCCGAGCCCCGACCCGCGGCGGGCGGGCGGCUGCGCCCCGGCGGCGCGGCCAGCCUCUUUAUUUCUCCUGACUUCUUCCACCGGAGAGGCUGACAAUGUCCACCAUGUUCGAUGUGGAUGCUCUUCCGGAAUAUGAGAAGAGCCAGAUCAAGAGAGCCCUGGAGCUGGGGACAGUGAUGACUGUGUUCAGUUUCCGCAAGUCCACUCCUGAGCGGAGGACCGUCCAGGUGAUCAUGGAGACGCGGCAGGUGGCCUGGAGCAAGACUGCUGACAAAAUCGAGGGCUUCUUGGAUAUCAUGGAGAUCAAGGAGAUCCGCCCUGGGAAGAACUCCAAGGAUUUUGAGCGUGCAAAAGCGGUCCGCCAGAAGGAGGACUGCUGCUUCACUGUCCUGUACGGCACACAGUUCGUCCUCAGCACACUCAGUUUGGCAGCUGACUCUAAGGAGGACGCGGUGAAGUGGCUCUCCGGCUUGAAGAUCUUACAUCAAGAAGCGAUGAGUGCGUCCACCCCCACCAUCAUCGAGAGUUGGCUGAGGAAACAGAUUUAUUCUGUAGAUCAAACCAGAAGAAAUAGCAUCAGCCUCCGAGAGUUGAAGGCCAUCUUACCCCUGGUCAACUUCAAAGUGAGCAGUGCCAAGUUCCUCAAAGAUAAGCUUGCGGAAAUUGGUGCCCAUAAAGACGAGCUCAGCUUUGAACAGUUCCACCUCUUCUAUAAGAAACUUAUGUUUGAGCAGCAGAAAUCGAUUCUGGACGAAUUCAAGAAGGACUCCUCAGUGUUCAUCCUGGGGAACACUGACCGGCCCGAUGCCUCUGCCGUCUACCUGCAGGACUUCCAGAGGUUUCUCUUACACGAGCAGCAGGAGCUGUGGGCUCAGGAUCUGAACAAGGUCCGGGAGCGGAUGACCAAGUUUAUUGACGACACAGUGAGGGAAACUGCUGAGCCCUUCUUGUUUGUGGAUGAGUUCCUCACGUACCUCUUUUCACGAGAGAACAGCAUCUGGGAUGUGAAGUACGACGUGGUGGACAUGCAGGACAUGAAUAACCCCUUGUCACAUUACUGGAUCUCCUCGUCCCACAACACGUACCUCACGGGUGACCAGCUGCGCAGCGAGUCCUCCCCGGAGGCGUACAUCCGCUGCCUGCGCAUGGGCUGCCGCUGCAUUGAAUUGGACUGCUGGGAUGGGCCUGACGGGAAGCCCAUCAUCUACCACGGCUGGACACGGACCACCAAGAUCAAGUUCGACGACGUCGUGCAGGCCAUCAAAGACCAUGCCUUCGUUACCUCCAGCUUCCCCGUGAUCCUCUCCAUCGAGGAGCACUGCAGUGUGGAGCAGCAGCGCCACAUGGCCAAGGUCUUCAAGGAGGUGUUUGGCGACCUGCUGCUGACAAAGCCCACCGAGGCCAGUGCCGACCAGCUGCCGUCGCCCAGCCAGCUGCGGGAGAAGAUCAUCAUCAAGCAUAAGAAGCUGGGCCCUCGAGGUGACGUUGAUGUCAAUGUGGAGGACAAGAAAGACGAGCGCAAGCAGCAGGGUGAACUGUACAUGUGGGAUUCCAUUGACCAGAAAUGGACUCGGCACUACUGCGCCAUUGCUGAUGCCAAACUGUCCUUCAGUGACGACAUUGAACAGUCUGUGGAGGAUGAACUGCCCCAGGACACGCCCCCCACGGAGCUGCAUUUUGGGGAGAAAUGGUUCCACAAGAAGGUGGAGAGAAGGACGAGCGCCGAGAAGCUGCUGCAGGAGUACUGCGCCGAGAGCGGCGGCAAGGACGGCACCUUCCUGGUGCGCGAGAGCGAGACCUUCCCCAACGACUACACGCUGUCCUUCUGGCGCUCGGGCCGCGUGCAGCACUGCCGGAUCCGCUCCACCACGGAGGGCGGCGUCCUCAAGUACUACCUGACCGACAACCUGACCUUCGGCAGCAUCUACGCGCUCGUCCAGCACUACCGCGAGUCGCACCUGCGCUGCGCCGAGUUCGAGCUGCGCCUCACCGACCCGGUGCCCAACCCCAACCCGCACGAGUCCAAGCCCUGGUACUAUGACAGGCUGAGCCGUGGAGAAGCGGAGGACAUGCUGAUGCGGAUUCCCCGUGACGGAGCCUUCCUCAUCCGGAGGCGGCGGGAGGGGAACGACUCGUACGCCAUCACCUUCAGGGCCAGGGGCAAGGUGAAGCACUGUCGCAUCAACCGGGACGGCCGGCACUUUGUGCUGGGGACCUCUGCCUACUUCGAGAGCCUCGUGGAACUUGUCAAUUACUACGAGAAGCACGCACUGUACCGAAAGAUGCGCCUGCGCUACCCUGUGACCCCUGAGCUCCUGGAGCGCUACAACAUGGAAAGAGACAUAAACUCUCUCUAUGAUGUCAGCAGGAUGUAUGUGGAUCCGAGUGAAAUCAAUCCUUCUAUGCCUCAGAGAACCGUGAAAGCUCUGUACGACUACAAAGCCAAGCGAAGCGACGAGCUCAGCUUCUGCCGUGGGGCCCUCAUCCACAAUGUCUCCAAGGAGCCAGGGGGCUGGUGGAAGGGAGACUAUGGCACCAGAAUCCAGCAGUACUUCCCGUCCAACUAUGUCGAGGACAUUUCAACAGUUGACGUUGAGGAAAUGGAAAAGCAGAUUAUUGAAGACAAUCCCCUAGGGUCUCUUUGCAGAGGAAUAUUGGACCUCAAUACCUACAAUGUCGUGAAAGCCCCGCAGGGGAAAAACCAGAAACCUUUCGUCUUCAUCCUGGAGCCCAAGAAGCAGGGUGACCCCCCGGUGGAGUUCGCCACGGACAGGGUGGAGGAGCUUUUUGAGUGGUUUCAGAGCAUCCGGGAAAUCACCUGGAAGAUCGACACCAAGGAGAACAACAUGAAGUACUGGGAGAAGAACCAGUCCAUCGCCAUUGAGCUCUCGGACCUGGUGGUCUACUGCAAGCCCACCAGCAAAACCAAGGAUAACUUGGAAAACCCCGACUUCCGGGAAAUCCGCUCUUUCGUGGAGACGAAGGCGGACAGCAUCGUCAGGCAGAAGCCCAUCGAUCUCCUGAGGUAUAAUCAGAAGGGCCUGACCCGCGUCUACCCCAAGGGACAGAGAGUCGACUCCUCCAACUACGACCCCUUCCGCCUGUGGCUGUGUGGCUCCCAGAUGGUGGCGCUCAACUUCCAGACCGCAGACAAGUACAUGCAGAUGAACCACGCGUUGUUUUCGCUCAAUGGUCGGACGGGCUAUGUCCUACAGCCGGAGAGCAUGCGGACAGAGAAGUACGACCCGAUGCCGCCAGAGUCGCAGAGGAAGAUCCUGCUGACUCUCACUGUCAAGGUUCUUGGCGCUCGCCAUCUCCCCAAGCUUGGCCGCUCCAUUGCUUGUCCCUUCGUGGAGGUGGAGGUCUGUGGAGCCGAGUACGACAACAGCAAGUUUAAGACGACGGUUGUGAAUGACAAUGGCCUCAGCCCUGUCUGGGCUGCAACGCAGGAGAAGGUGACGUUUGAAAUUUAUGACCCAAACCUCGCAUUUCUGCGCUUUGUGGUUUACGAGGAAGACAUGUUCAGCGACCCCAACUUCCUGGCUCAUGCCACUUACCCCAUUAAAGGCAUCAAAUCAGGGUUUAGAUCUGUUCCUCUGAAGAAUGGACACAGCGAGGACAUCGAGCUGGCUUCCCUCCUGGUUUUCUGUGAGAUGCGGCCAGUCCUGGAGAGCGAAGAGGAACUUUACUCCUCCUGUCGCCAGCUGCGGAGGCGGCAAGAAGAGCUGAACAACCAGCUCUUCCUGUACGACACGCACCAGAACCUGCGCAAUGCCAACCGCGAUGCCCUCAUCAAGGAGUUCAGCGUCAACGAGAACCAGCUCCAACUGUACCAGGAGAAGUGCAACCGGAGGUUAAGAGAGAAGAGAGUCAGUAACAGCAAGUUUUACUCAUAGAAGUGGGCGUAUGUGUGGGGUGUCGUGUGUGUGCACGUAGGAGAAUGUGCUCUGGCCUCUGGGAAGAGGCUAAUCUGAGACAUCGUCCUCUAAACCUGCCUUCAAGAUGACAUUUCUGAAGAAGCCCCAGCUUGCACGAGUUGGGGUGAUUUCCUGCUAAUUUUUCUCACUUGGACAACUUUUUUAACUUAUAUUCUCUAUAGAGAAUCCCCAAAAUGUGCUCCUUUUUGGUCUCUCAUGUUCCAAACCUCAUUGAAUAAAAGCAACAAAAAAAAUCUUGAUCAGUUAAGCUUCUAUGCAUGACCUAUACCAUGAACAGGGUUUCUUUUCUGGUGGACAAGAUUCUACUAAUGACCCAGGUAAUUGACUUCCACAGAGGAUGAACCAGAAAUGUAAGGAAUGAAUUAAUUAGAUUCUGAAAAGAAUUUUAACUAAAAAGCAGAUGAUUCCACAGUUAAGGCCUCUGAAUUCCACAAGGGCCCAAAGAGAAGCCGACCUGUGAGCAGACCCAGCCGAGUGCACAUCCCCUACCGUGGGCUGCUGCCUUGCUAGACAGACCUCCUGCAUGGACCACUGCAGGCCACAGGAAGGAGUUGGUGAUGGAAUUGGUUCAUUAGGACAAUAUCUAAUUCAUGGCAGAGGAGAGGAUUGCUUUGUGAAUAGAGUUACUGAGGGUAGGAACCUUAGGGCCUCUCUCUUAAGAAGCCUUUCUAAGCCUAAGUUCUGGGAGGCUCAACCUGCCCGUUCUGCCUGCUGCCAAGACUUUGUGGCCACUCAUGCCCAGGCCCUGUCGAGCUGCCUGGCAGCUGCUGGGAAGGCCCUGGCUCCACAGGCAAGAGGUCAAUUGCUGGUUUAGAGGAGAUGAAAGUUGAAUUUGUGGGGAAAUUUCUCUGGGUGGUUCAGUUUUCUGGCACAGUGAGCUAAGCUUUCAGGGAUUGAGUGUUAGGGUGUUACAGAAAACCUCAGAUGCAGCUUCUCCCAGCAGGGCGAAUGCACCUCCGUCAUGAUUAUACAUGUGGCUGGCUAGGGUUUGACACCUCUGCAUCCUGAGAUCAAUUUCAAUGACUUAAUAAGCUUUUUAAAGGACAGGAUCAUGUUGGGUCACUGGAGUCACAACUUAGAGUGAAUUGAAACUUGAGGAAACAGGCGUACAUGUGAAAAACGUGCAGUGUGGAGGACUAGCUAGCAGUAAGCUAGUGCUUUGGUCGGGCAGAACUGGGUCUAGAAACCUGUUCAGUCACCCUGCCAUUGUCCAAAAUGCUGGGCUUAGCAUGCAUGUGUUGUUGGCAAGCAGGUUAAUACAAGCCAGGCCCUGUCUGACCUAAGGCCCUGUCCCUGGAGUCCACAAAACCUUCCUGAGCACCUCCAUAGGCCAAGCACGGUGCCAGCUUUUGACCUUGAGAAAUGUCUGAGGUUACUGGUUCUAUGGACCACAUCCAUCCAUGAUCUCCUGGAAAGGCAAUUAUGUCCCCAAAGCCAGGACUAAGGCAGCAGCAGCCUGUCAGAGGGGGGGCUCUUGCCUUGGGACGUUAUUGCUGACUGUUGGUUGCUGCCUUGUUUGGCAGUCAGCAUCAAAAGUCCUCCCAAGAGUCAACGUUUAAAGCGGCUUUCAAGAAAGGUUGGAGGGAAAGGCAGGGAGCUGAAGGCCGGGGAAGGAGUUCCACACCGCACAGCCAGAGCCCCGCGGCUGGUGGUCAGGCAGCAACCUGAGGCACCCACUUACAGGUGGCAAGCCCCCCAGUCCCUUUUGGCUCUCUCGUCACCCUACCUAGCAGCUCCGCUUCACUCCAUGCCUACAUCUCCUUUCACUUAAAAUGGACUUUUGGCUACUGUAUCUAAGAUAUCGCUGGAGAAGUAGAGAGAGAAGGAAGAAGCGAGGCCUCUCUUCACCUGCCGCUAUGUGGAGGCCUGACCAGCCAAGCCCUGGGGGAGGCAGGCGGGGCUGCUACAGCUGGCGCUGGGGAGACCCUGUCUCUCCUCUGGUGCUGCAGUGAGCGCCCACCACUAGACAGUACUUGCUCUGGCUCUUCUGUCCCGCCCUUACUAGGGUCACAUGUUCAUUGGGUUCUCAGUAGUGUCAGGGCCAAGCGGAUUCUCAGGAAGGGAACAGAUGAUAUCAUGAUUCCUCCCAACAUCUGUCUGGACGCCACGUGGCCCAGUUGUCUAGUUGAGAUGGCUUACCAUGUGACUUAUACCACAGGCAACACGGGUCACGUGACUUGUUUGCAGCUUCCCUAUAUAUACUAUUUGGAAUAUUGAUGACUACAUGGACAAAUAAAUGGAGAAGGCUGGUUAGGUCGUUGAAUUUGGGAAACUCAGGUUGCACAAAGCUAAAUUUCUCCAUGGUGAGACUUCGAUGUGCAAGAGGUAAGGGGGUGUCCAGGAUCAUGUUCCCCAAUUUGAUCUCAGAAUCCUUUGGCCAAGCAGUGGCUCGGGCAUCAGUGUACGACAGGAAACAUUUGAGGACCUGAUAGUCUAUUAAGGGGGAGCCAGACAACAAAAUCCAGUUAUGACCUGGUUAAAAUCUAACCUCAAGCCACCAAGGCCAAUGGCCUGUAAGCCAUCAAUGCCGUGGUGGUCCAGCCUUGUCCCUGGGGCGAAGAGCUUCCAGGUGUCUGUUUUUGGAUCCUCAUCUCCCUAUCAUACUUGCUCCUAAGACUCAUCUUCCUGAGAAAACGCCCUUUUCUAUCUUCCCAAAGAAAACAAGUGUCCUUCAUUUCCUGUCUAUUGCAGACCAAGACCCAAGGUGGAGAAUUCAAAAUAUGGAUGUUUGGAAAGUGAACUCUAAACAGGGUGAAAACCUUGUAUAAAUGGGGCAGUUCCUAAAUCUUUGCGUUCACAAAAUGGAUGGAACACUCAGUAAAUUCCUGUCUCCUGUCGGGUACCUGUGAGAGGAGAUGGAGGAACGUGGAUACCCGUAUCUCAAAACUUCCUCCGCUCCAGGUCCUUACCUGUGUGGGAAGGGUCCCCACCACCUCCACGUGUCACAGGGAGAGUAGCUGGACCUCAGCUCAUUCUGAAAACAUUAAUCCAUAGGUAGAUAAAAUAAUCAGAGGGGAAAGCCCUCUUCAUUUCCAAUUAAUAAUUAAUCUCCAUUAAUACAUUUCCAAUGAAGUUUCACUAUGUUUAAUAAUUCAUGUAUUUAAAUUUGUUCUCCAUGUUUAUUGAUCAAGCUCAGUCCAGAAGACAUUUUUUAAAAGCCUGGGGCCUUAUGAUUAUAUGAUAUUAUGUAAUUUUGUUAGAAAUAAAAUUAAACAAUAUAAAAGCCCUCAGAAAUUAGGCUAAAAUUUUGAGGGGGAAGAGGUAUAAAACUACACAUUCAGGGCGUAAAAGGGAAACGUGGAUUUCCUAUUAAAAAUUGCCUGUUCAUGUAAUUUUUGAAAGAAGGACAGUGUCUGUCAAAUAACUUUUAUAUUUAGAGCCUCUUGGCUACAUUUAAAAAGGGAUUUCUUGGUUUUAUUUGAACACACUGUAUCUACAAUAUGCUAGCACUUACAUCCUUGCAACUGUUGGUGAUGAAAAAUUUUAAAUGUCAGUUUAAGAGAUAUCUGAGCAUAACCUUUUAAGAUCUCUAAUCUAGGGCCACUAAAUGAUGAAUUGUUUUGGGAGUAAGGAUGACUACAAGGGCUGGAUCCUUUUCAGGUUAAAAAGAAUGUCACUCAGUCUUUAACUUUUAUGACAUUUAACUUUCUGGGAGCAACCCUAAAAGCUGUAUUCUAGCCAACAGAAAGUUAGUUAGAUUCAGAAAUAGACAGAAUUUAAAAAUCAACAUUUAAGAUUACUCAAUGAUUUGUUCUAGGUUUUUUAAAAUUUACUAUACCAUGGUUUUUGUUUUCUUAAUUAUUAUUUGAUUCAUUGUGCACAAAUGGGGUACAACUUUCAUUUCU